UCGACUGAAAUUAUCCCAAAAAUUAAGCAGAGUUCCUUCAAUUACUAGAAUCGUCCUAGCGGUUCUGCAAAUCGCUGCGACUACCCUGAGUAGUUUCAACGGACGCAUGGCUCUGAAAGCCAGUGACAAGGUUCUCAGUUACAAUGAUGUUGUACUCAGGCGAUCAGAUCUAGACAUUCUCAGCGGUCCAUAUUUUCUAAAUGACCGCGUUAUUGAGUUCUAUUUGAGCUAUCUCAGUUCCAGCUUUCCAUCUGAGGACGUAUUACUGGUAUCACCAUCAAUUGCUUUUUGGAUCAAAGAGUGCCCAGACACCGCAAGUGUUAAAGACUUUGUAGAACCCCUCCAUCUUUCUCGAAGGAAGUUGAUCAUCUUUCCAAUCAAUAAUAACUCUGAUGUGAAUCUAGCUGAAGGGGGCACCCAUUGGAGCUUACUCGCAUUCGAGAGAAGCACCAAUGUGUUCGUGCAUCACGAUAGCAGCUCGGGCAUGAACAAGUGGGAUGCCAAACGGGUCUACAAUGCCGUUCUUCCUUAUACAACAACCGACGCUUCUUAUAUCGACUACCCAGACACACCAAAGCAAGAAAACGGAUACGAUUGUGGUGUAUAUGUCCUCGCCAUUGCAAGAGUAAUUUGUAAUUGGUAUGCAAGCGGUGGAUCCAAGGAUAAUGUUGAUCUGUGGUUUCCUUCCUUGAAGGAACAGAUUACCCCCAGUGCUGUUUCGGAGAUGCGCGACGAGGUUCUAAGGUUAGUACAAGAUCUAAUGGCAAGAAAAUAAUUUUGCCUCUCACUUUCCACCCUUGAACAGAGAAGUGGGAUUGAAAUGAAUGAAUGAUCUGAGCCCUUAUAGAUCAAAAGCAUGCAGCUCAAGAUCUGAUAUGAGAAGAGAAAGUUAGUUUGGUGUUUAGAAGUUUUAUUCCCAGAUUGCAAAUGAUACAUGUCUGCUUUAGUUUGCUCACAGCCAGGGUAUGCAAUCUUGAUAUUUCUAAAACCUGCAUUGAUUGGGAGCAUUACACAGUUGAUGGCUGGCACCAGCACAACUACAUUAUUGGGUGGUAUUUACAUUUAUACCAUCUUUCUUCUUUUUUUCAUAAUUUAUAUUAAAACGAAUAUUAUUACUUCAUUCAUAGUGAAUUCACAGCUCAUGGAUGCGUUGUGUUGAUUGAUUAGUUAAAAAAUUGUAUGAGACCGUCUCACGGAUCUCAUAGAUGUGGUUGUGUUGAUUGAUUAGUUAAAACUUGUGUGAGACCGUUUCACGGAUCUCAUGGAUGCGGUUGUGUUGAUUGAUUAUCUAAAACUUAUGUGAGACCAUCUCACGAAUUCUUUUCCGAAA